UUAGAGCGUCAGUCAAAAAUACAAAUUGAAAGGAAGGGCGGCCGACGGCGAAGAUGGUCCGAUCGUUGCCCCUCCGUAGCGGCUUCUUUGCCGCGCCAUACAUCUCAGAGACCGAGGAAGCAGAGCUCUUGACAUGGGCCCGCACACUCGUGUCGUCCAUGCACUCGACUGACUCAGAAUGGACGCACUCCCAUGAAAAGCGGGGCGUGACUGUGAGCGAAGACAGACAAAAGGGAGGGCUCUUCUACAGCAUCCGCGGCGUCACGUCCGUGCAAUCGUCGCUCGACGACGUCAUGGACAUGAUGAUUUCGACGUCCACGCAUGAAUUCCGGUCCAUGAUGAAGAUGCUGCUCAAGGACAUGUCGUUGGACAGCGCCGUGAUCUACCAACGCGACCAGAACGACUCCGAGAGCUUGAGCAUCAAGUGGUUCGCCCUCAAGAACAAAAGCCCCAUGGCAACAUCCCAGGACUUUUGCGUAUUGGAGUAUGCUGGCGUCCUGUCUGCGGACUACAUUGGUGGCGAUCCGUCCAAGAUGGUCGGCGUCUGCUUGUACGAAAGUAUCGAGCAGGCCGAGUGUCCGUCGUUGUUCGAGUCUCACAGACUUGAGCGCGGGUCCAUUUCAAAAUGCGGCUAUCUCUUCCGCCCAACCGAUGAAAUCGGCACAAUUGAAGCACAGUUCAUCUGCUCUAUCCGACAGCCCCCGGGCGUCCGCACCACCCGCCGAUCGAACCGCGCGACGCUUCAAUGCUGGGCAGAAUCCCUCGCGAAUAUUCAAGAGAGCGUUCACACCCGCCGCAUCAGCCGACUCCUCACGACUCGGGAGAACCCGACGUGGGUCGCAGACCACGAGCGGUCGUGUUGCUACCUGUGCUUGAAGACGUUCACAGGCAUUCGUCGCAAGCACCAUUGCCGAGCGUGCGGCGAAGUCAUUUGCAAAAAGUGUUCGCUGAACAACUCGGUCGACUUGCCAUCAAUCGGCCUCACCACCAUGCGCGUCUGCAAGUCGUGCUCGGACGGCAAGAUGAGCGGCUUACCGUCGUCCGCAUCCUUUAUGACGACGUCCUCGUCGUUUGAUGGGACCGGAAUCGACGACAUUGUGCUGAAGAAGAGCUCGAGUGACGGUGGGAGCACAGGGCGAAACACGUCGUCAUUCUCUGGAGACCAGUACGCGCUGGCAGUCCCGUCGUCUGGCACGGUGUCGGCGAAAGACGGGGUAGUUCCGGAUUCAGUCGGGUUGGCUUGGCUCAGUCAGAUCGCUCAACGUGAUCCUUCCAAACGAGAAAUCGUGGAGCGCCUGAUCGCAGGUUUUGGCGCAGCCGAAGCCGGUGCGAUCAACAGCGCGGACAUUCCCCUUCCCGACGCGUCGAACGCACCCCCCGAAGAUAUUUAUGACCUCCUCUGCGACCUGGCAUCCCAAGCUCUCGACUGCAAAUUUGCGGUGGUGCACAUCCUGGACGGCAAUCGCCAAUGGUUCAAGUCCAAAGUCACGAUUCGAGAGUCGGACAUUGGCCGCGACUUCAGCUUUUGCGAGUACCCCGUCCGCAAGAAGCAAGCUGUGGUCGUGCUCGAUACUUGGCGAGAUCCACGCUUUGAAAUGAAUCCCCUCGUGACUGGACCCCUCCAGGUUCGCUUCCUCGCCGGGGCGCCGCUCUUCGACCUGGACGGUCGAUGCGUUGGCGCCGUUUGUGUUCUCGAUUCCAAACCUCGGACGCAUCUGCCUCAAGCGCAAGUGGCCCUCAUGGAAAAGCUAGCCCAUCUCGCCAUGGUAUCGAUGCAAGAACGUCGCGAAGCGCUGAGUAAGAAAUUGGCCGCGUCGUCCCGCCAGGUCGUACCGCGCCACCACCACAUAUCACCGCCUGUGGUUCGACCCACAACUGGACCGUACGAAGUCGUCGACACCGCCUACACAUCCACUUAUCAACGACGACAACUGCCGCAUUCGACGUCGAGCGACAUGGUGCCGCUGCACAGCUACACUGGAAGCAAUGGGAGCCAUGGAAGCUAUGGCAGCAGCACCCUCGUGCACCACGUUCGUUCGCAAGCUCAAUUGGCAGCUCAAGAAGAGCAACGCAAGAUGCAGGAACAAAUGAUGGAGCUGCUGCAUCAGUCCUCCAUCACGCAACAGACCCUCAAGUCGUCGGUAAAAAUGCAGAGCACACAUAGCUCAGGCGACUGAGGGUAAUCUAAUAGACAGCAAAGCACACACACACACA